AUGUUCUCGGUGCCUCAAACCACCACUGCCGCCAGAAACAUCCUUGGUCUCGCCUCGCGGCAGGCCCCCAAGGUCGCUGUGUCGACAUUACCUUCCGCACGAGGUUUGUCGACUAAGAAGAAUGCGGAUCACGACGUGACUUUGCUCCAAGACAAGAAUGGGUUCGGUUUCGCCCGGUCAAACCCCAGACCCCCCAAGCCAAGGACCAAGGGUGUCACGGAGAUCAGAGGCCCUUACUACUCGGUAAUGGGUAAGAGAUACCUUGCAGAUGUGCUGGAAACCAUGGGAACGCAUGUGGACGGCUUGAAGUUCGCCGGUGGUUCAUUCUCUCUCUUCCAAGAGAAACCCCUGAGGGAGUUGAUCGAACUUGCACAUGAGCAUGGAGUCUAUGUAUCAACGGGCGGCUGGGCCGAGCAUCUUCUCACGCACCCAGACCCUAAUGCUGUGUUCGACAAGUACCUUACCAAGUGCAAGGAUCUAGGGUUCGAUGUGAUUGAGUUGUCCUCGGGUUUCUUGUCCUUCCCGGAAGACGAUUGGCUUCGUCUAGUCGACAAGGUCCAUUCUUACAAGCUGAAAGCGAAGCCGGAGUUGGGAAUCCAGUUCGGCGCGGGCGGCGACACCCCAGCUUCUGGUCUCGAGGCAAUUGGCACCUCCGACCCGGGCAAGCUGGUCAACCUGGGCCACAAAUUCUUGAAUGCCGGCGUGGAGCGCCUGAUGAUCGAAUCCGAAGGGAUCACGGAGAACGUGGAGUCCUGGCGCACCGAUGUGGUGUCCCGGAUCAUGAAGGAGCUUCCCUCCGAGCGCGUGAUGUUCGAGGCAGCAGAUCCCAAGGUGUACAACUGGUACAUCCGAGAGUUCGGCAUUGACGUCAACCUGUUUGUCGACCAUAGCCAGAUUGUGCAAUUGUCAUGCUUGCGCCAUGGAAUCUGGGGCACGGCCGACACCUGGGGAAAGAUUUCGCAACCCAAUCCUUCGUAUACCAUCAUGCCAAGGGCAAGCUCUGCUUCGGGGGCCAGGUUGCGGUGCAGGAGAGCUUGCGACAGCUGCAAGCGGAGGAAACAGAAAUGCAACGGGGAGCAACCAUGUACGAUAUGCGUCCAGCGCCACAAGGAAUCAGAAUGCCAUUUCUCGGAUAAACCAGCCCGCCUACUCAGACCGAGCAGUCAAUCGAAGGAAACAAUGCUGCUCAGUGAACAUAUGGUAUCGACACCGCAGAGGCAGACGGCCAUGGAUCGCUUGUUGAACUCAUUGGAAGACCAGAGCGCCAAUCUCGAACAACAGGCUGCAGAUGAUAAAGAGGGCGCAGCACCGGUCCCGAAGGUGGCUAGGCUUCUUCGCGAUGGCCAAGGGAAAUUUAUGUACAUCGGAGAUUCCGCGAGUUUAUCCUUCCUGCAGAGCGUCCGUCGCAUUGUCUCCUCUUCGAUCGGGAAUUGCGAGUUCACGGAGGAUACGUCACGGCAUUCAAUGCUCGAAGCCUUCCAAAGUAGCUCUACCACGCAAACUGGACCGUUAGUUCCACCUCCCAGCAACGAUGAGGCCCAGCGCCUGGCUCGUCAGUAUGUUCUAGCUACUAGUCCAUUGCUGGAUCUGUUCGACCUGAAUGAAUUCCAUCCACGAAUUGCCGAUUGGGUCGAAAACCCCACCGGAGAUGAAGACACCGUGAGCUCCAUCUUCUACCUCGUUCUUGCAAUCGGCGCGCAAGUAUCGGACACCAAUCAGACCCUGGCCGAGCAAUAUUUUGUUAGCGGUCGCCAACUAGCAUUUUCGGCAUUCACCGAAACCCCCAGCAGUUAUACCAUUCAGUCAUACGUUUUAAUUUCCAUGUAUAUGCUGGGUGCCUGCCGGCGCAAUGGCGCAUUCAUGAAUCUUGGCAUUGCACUGAGAGCCGCUUAUGCUGUUGGUAUCCAUAGGAGAGAUGCGAAUGCGCUCUUCUGCACAAGGGAGCGCCGGGCUAGGGAGCGCGUUUGGAAGAGUCUGCGCAUGAUGGACCUCUUCCUCAGUGCCUCUUUAGGUCGCCCUCCUGCUACCUCGGACUUUGAUUGGGAGCCCCGUGAGGACAAUCUACCCCUAGGCGAGCAACAGCGCCUUCAACCCGAAGAACAACUGUCUCUGACGGUGGUUUCUCUAUGUCGUAUUUUCGAGCGAAUCCUUACCGAGGUUUACAUGAAGCAAGUCGUCUCCCUCAAUGUGGCCGACACGAUUUCCAAUCAACAUCGAGCCUGGGUCCGAAAUCUCCCUGCUUUUCUGCAGAUGCAGACGGAGCGACUCGACACCAAUUCUCUCGAGACCACCUUAGCCGCGGCCCAUGUCUUCGGCUCCUACUAUUGGUCCAUUAUUCUUCUGACUCGGCCGUUUCUAAUUUUCCGGGUGUCGCAGUAUGUGAGAAAUAAGAGUGACCCGGGCAAUUUCACCGAGUCGAGAACGAGCAGUUCCCGCGUUGCCCUCUUCGCCGAUGCGUGUGUCUAUUCGGCAUUGAGAGGGCUAAACAUUGUUGACGGGCUCUCUCAAUACACUUCUCUACCGCGCCGACUGCCUUUUCUGAUAAACUCGGUUUUCAACUCCGCGAUUGUUCUGGGGGCAGCCUUCUUCGCCGACUACGACAACUUACUCCCCCUUGAAGAAGGCAUGGACAAGGCGGAGAAAUUCCUCGGACUCUUCGUCCCCCAUGACCCGCAUGCAUGUCGCUUCUACCAAAUCAUCAAAUACCUCCGCGCUGCAGUGGCCGAGUACGUGCGUCGACGCAACCGCCAAUGGAUGGACCGCCGCAGCAGACAGGUCGACCAACUCUUCGGCCAAGUCGGACCGGCGAAUGAGAGCAACGACGACAAUAUCCCAAUCACUCGCCCAGGUGAGCCCGCCGUUCCUUCGCCCUUGUCCCCCGAAAAGUUCUCCGGCCCCCUCCCCUCCCAACCACCAGAACCGACGACCUCCGCGGCCCCUCAGCCCGACAACGACAUCUGGGACACCCUCUGCGGCGGAGCCGAAGGCGCCGCUGCCCUUCCAUUUGACACAGCCAUCUCGACCCUCACGACCACCGGUAUCCCCAUUGGUUGCUCGCCAGGCGGCACCAUCCCGUCCGGACACCAAAUGGCCGAUCGAUCAGGCAUGCCCGAUGCUCGCGGCCAGACCCCGCUCUCGGACGUCAUGCUCCCAGAUAACGGUCUUCUGUACAUGGCCGAGGAUCUCCCCGUGUUUGGAAUCUGGGAGGAUACCUGA